CACAUGUGGAGGGGAGAAGGGAAGCCAGGAAGUAAAGAGCGUAAGGGUGAUGAAGGAGCUAGGAGUGAAGGGCAAACCUCCGCGGGAGGAGACAAGCCUGGAGACGCCCCGGGAACUCUGCCCCUUCACUUCAGUCCUGAUACCGCGCGGCGUCCGGAGCCCUGGCGGGGAGGUAAGGGUGGGAGAGACUCCUAGCUCCUCAUCUCCUUUGCCUUCCCAGGAAGACGGAGCGAUGCUGCUCUCAGGAAGGACGAAGGGACCUUCUUAGCCCUUGCUGAGCUACGGAGCCUCCAGGGCUGAACUGGUGUUUGGGGGCCAUAGAGCGAUAGGACCAUUUGGAUCACAGCAAUUGGUUCCCUGACGGAGCCAGAACAAAUAGCAGCUGAGCCUCAUUCCACCCACCAAUUCCUGAUCUCACCUCAGCCACUUACAGAACCCAACUCUCAGCCUCUGCCCAGGUCCAGACACACAGCUUGUCCAGGCAGCUCUGCCUCAGAGCAGGGAUUGCUUCUCCAGCUCACCCAGGACAAUGUCAGUUGGUGGAGAAGGAAGACUGUGAGACUGGCUGGGAACCAGGUUGUAGCCACUUGCCUGCCUCUGCCCAGCCAAGUGGCAGCCCAGAGCCCAGAGCAUCAAGUGGCCAUAGGUGACAGACACAGUGAAGAUAUGAGGGUGGGGGUGAGCACCUCGGCCUCCCUGCCUCCAGCCUCAGACACAAGCGUGGUCACAUCUACUUUCUCCCUUGUGGACUAUGUGGUCUUCAUCCUGCUGCUGGUUCUCUCCCUUGCCAUUGGGCUCUACCAUGCCUGUCGUGGCUGGGGCCGGCACACCGUUAGCCAGCUGCUGAUGGCAGACCGCAAAAUGGGCUGCCUUCCUGUGGCACUGUCCCUGCUGGCCACCUUCCAGUCAGCGGUGGCCAUCCUGGGUGUACCGUCAGAGAUCUACCGAUUUGGGACCCAGUACUGGUUCCUGGGCUGCUGCUAUUUCCUGGGGCUGCUUAUCCCUGCGCACAUCUUCAUCCCUGUCUUCUACCGCCUGCAUCUCACCAGUGCCUAUGAGUACCUGGAACUCCGAUUCAAUAAAGCUGUGCGGGUUUGUGGGACAGUGACCUUCAUCUUUCAGAUGGUGAUCUACAUGGGGGUUGUGCUCUAUGCACCUUCCCUGGCCCUCAAUGCGGUAACUGGCUUUGAUCUGUGGCUGUCUGUGCUGACCCUAGGCAUUGUCUGUGCUGUCUACACUGCUCUGGGUGGGCUGAAGGCAGUCAUCUGGACAGAUGUGUUCCAGACACUGGUCAUGUUCCUAGGGCAGCUGGCCGUCAUCAUCAUGGGGUCGGUCAAGGUGGGCGGCUUGGGGCGUGUGUGGGAUGUGGCUUCCCAGCAUGGCCUCAUCUCUGGGUUUGAACUGGAUCCAGACCCUUUUGUGCGGCACACUUUCUGGACCUUGGCCUUUGGUGGUGUCUUCAUGAUGCUCUCCUUGUAUGGCGUGAACCAGGCCCAGGUGCAGCGCUACCUCAGUGCCCGCACGGAGAAGGCUGCUGUGCUCUCCUGCUACGCAGUCUUCCCUUGCCAGCAGGUGGCCCUCUGCAUGGGCUGCCUCAUUGGCCUGGUCAUGUUUGCCUACUACCGGGAGUAUCCCAUGAGCACCCAGCAGAGUCAAGCAGCCCCUGACCAGUUCACCCUGUACUUUGUGAUAGAUCUCCUGAAAGGCCAGCCGGGCCUGCCUGGGCUCUUUGUUGCCUGCCUCUUCAGUGGCUCCCUCAGCACCAUAUCCUCUGCUUUUAAUUCAUUGGCAACAGUUACAAUGGAAGACCUGAUCCGGCCCUGGUUCCCUCGGUUCUCUGAAGUUCACGCCACCAUGCUUUCCAGAAUUCUUGCUUUUGGCUAUGGGCUGCUUUGUCUGGGAAUGGCCUUUAUUUCCUCCCAGAUGGGACCUGUGCUACAGGCAGCAAUCAGCAUCUUUGGCAUGGUUGGGGGGCCGCUGCUCGGACUCUUCUGCCUUGGGAUGUUCUUUCCUUGUGCAAACCCUCCAGGUGCCAUUGUGGGCUUGUUGGCUGGACUCAUCAUGGCCUUCUGGAUCGGCAUUGGGAGCAUAGUGACCAGUAUGGGCUCCAGCACGGCACCUUCUCCGCUUAAUGGGUCCAGCUUUUCCCUGCCUAGCAAUCUGACCGCUGUCACCAUGACCACAUUGAUGCCCUCGAUCACCCUCUCCAAGCCCACAGGGCUACAGCGGCUCUAUUCCCUGUCAUAUUUAUGGUACAGCGCUCACAACUCCACCACAGUCAUUGUGGUGGGCCUGACUGCCAGUCUGCUCACUGGGGGAAUGCGGGGCCGGACCCUGAACCCUCGGACCAUUUACCCCGUGUUGCCCAGACUCCGUGCCCUCCUGCCCCUGUCCUGGCAGAAGCGACUUCACUGCAAAAGCUACAGCCAGGAGCUGUCCGUGGACACCACCACGUUUCCUGAGAAGAUGAGAAACGGGAUGCUGGGGGGCAGCAGUGACAAGGAAGCCAUGGUGGUGCCUGAGGCAGCUGCAGCCUGCCAGGGGGAGAGCAGCCCCACCUUCAUCGUCCAGGAGACCUCACUGUGAUGCCGACUCGGGGCCCAGGCCUGUGAUACGGGGAUGAGUUUCUUGAUGUGUUCUGUGGAGACAGUGGAUGGUCUAGCCCACACCAAAGGUCCUUGUUCCUAGGGAUCUGCACUGCAGUAGAAACUGUCAUGUAGUGGGACUUGCGAGGGUAGGAUGGGGUUUCCCUUAUCCCUUGCCAGACUGUUUUCUAGAGGAUGAGGAUUGCAGGGGACAGGAUUUUGCCAGAAAAGGGGAUAGAAGCAAAACCUCUUGAAAAAGGAUAAUAGCUUCAGAUCCAUUGUUACCAGGCUCCUUUGAAAUGAAUAGAAACAGCAGUGCUGGUUAUAACUGCUCUGGGGCAUGAUUUGGCAAGAUUGACCACCUCUACCCUAAAACUCAAAGCUGCCUCGGGCAGCUACUGCUUCUCUUGCAGUCCCUUCUAAACCUGGAUUCUGUCCACCAGAGGGGCCCUCUGACUCCUUACAGGUUGUCUGACAUCCAGGCUCUUCUCAUUCUUGCCUGUCUACCUCCAGUCUUGAGAGGGAGGUCUUGGUGUCCCUGAGAGACCCCUCGGAAUAGACGGGUACAUCCAUCUCCUUUGUGUAGGGUAGGGAAGCUUUUCACUUCACUGCCCUCCCCCUCUCCCUCUGUAAGGGGCACCUGGGGGUGGGGCAUAUUUUGGGCCAAGAAACCAGGGCAUGACCAGCCCCACUGUGGAGUGUGCCGUCCCUCUCAGUCCCAAGGCACACCACCCUAGUGUCAUCGUGUCAUUCACGUUCCUGUUGCCUUUUGGAGUUUCUUUCCCACAUGUCUUUGUUCCUAGGGAAUAAAAACUGCCAUUGGGCCUAGAGUCUGGGCUCCUGUGCCGUCUGCAGCUGCUCUUGUCCAUCCCAGCCCCAGCCCUGGUGAGGAUGAAGAGCCCCCUGCUGUGCACACGUCUCCUGCUGAGGACAGACAGAGGGGACCAGCACCAGCUCUUUGAGGUUUCAGGAUUGGGCAGCCGGCAUGUCUGCAGGGGGCAGAAUUGUCCUCAUCAGGGUGCAGGAUGCACACUGCUGCGUCUCAUCAUGUGGCACUGUCUGUCUCCUGUCUUGCCUUAUCCUUGACCAGAACAAUCAUUGCUACUCUGAGCCUUUUACUUCUGGGGCUGGAGGAAGAAUCUGCUAUUUGGCUUUAAAAAUAGAACAUUCAAGCUGGACUUUUAUGGUCUUGUGAAUAACGCUGUGCUCAUGCUCACCAACACCUGGUCUCUGCCCCUGCCUGGCCCCAUCCAGCUGCCCAGAACAGCCCUCUCCGGGCCCCUGAGCAGAGACUUGGUCCCAGGCCAAUCUGUGGACCAUCCCAGAAAAUGCCAUGUUGACUCUGCCCUGAGGUCUGCCCUUCUCUCGACGGCUCCUGCACCUGGGGGCUGAGGCGGCAGUGCACCUGGCUAACUACGCCAUCUACCAAGGGCCAGACAUCUAGACCUAACCUGGCUGUCAUUUGUUCAUCCUUCAUCAUACUCAUCCAUCACUUCCCACAGGCAAGGGCCUUACUUGGGCCAUUUUGCAGCUAAGGAAAUGGUUGUGCCACCCCAGGACCUUGCACCAGGUGCCACCAUCAUUUCAGAGUUGCCUCAUUGAGUCUCAAAUUCUUGCAUUUUAGUUAAUGUUUGUACAGAAAAAGGGAAAAACCACAGGACUCAAAAUUUCCAAGAAGUAAUGAUAUUUAAAGUAUGAUAAAGACUUGGUUUUCCAGUG